GCGGCGGCGGGUCCAGCCCAGCCCCGUCCGGCCGCUGUUGGGCAGUGGGACGCGGCGGGUGCGGAGAACGCGGCGGAGCGAGCGAGCCGGCGGGCGGGUGAGCGAGGACAAGGCCAUGGACAGCAAGAUCCAGCGGGUUCGCGACGCGUUCGCGUCCGGCCGGUCGCGCCCCCUGAGGUUCCGGCUGCAGCAGCUUGAGGCCCUGCGCAGGAUGGUGCAGGAGCGCGAGAAGGACAUCCUGGAGGCCAUCGCCGCCGACCUGUGCAAGAGUGAACUCAAUGCAUACAGUCAGGAGGUCAUUACCGUUCUUGGAGAACUUGAUCUCGUGCUGGAGAAUCUUCCUGAAUGGGUCGCUGCUAAGCCAGCUAAGAAGAAUCUGUUCACCAUGCUGGAUGAGGCCUACAUUCACUCAGAGCCCCUGGGAGUCGUACUGAUUAUCGGAGCCUGGAACUACCCUUUCGUUCUCACCAUUCAGCCUCUGAUAGGAGCCAUUGCGGCAGGAAAUGCUGUCAUUAUCAAGCCUUCUGAACUAUGUGAAAAAACAGCCACGGUCUUGGCCAAACUCCUGCCACAGUAUUUAGACCAGGACCUGUAUGUCGUUAUCAAUGGUGGCGUGGAGGAAACCACAGAGCUGCUGAAGCAGCGAUUUGACCACAUUCUCUAUACGGGAAGCACGGCGGUGGGAAAAAUCGUCAUGGAGGCCGCCGCCAAGCACCUGACCCCUGUGACUCUUGAACUAGGAGGGAAGAGUCCGUGUUACGUGGACAGAGACUGUGACCUGGACGUCGCCUGCAGGCGCAUAGCAUGGGGGAAGUACAUGAAUUGUGGUCAGACCUGCAUUGCUCCUGACUACGUUCUCUGCGAACCAUCCCUCCAGAAUCAAAUUGUGCAGAAGAUUAAGGAAACCGUGAAGGAAUUUUAUGGAGAAAAUAUAAAAGAAUCCCCUGAUUAUGAAAGGAUCAUCAAUCUUCGCCAUUUUAAGAGGAUACAGAGUUUGCUUGAAGGACAAAAGAUAGCCUUUGGUGGCGAGACCGACGAGGCCACACGCUAUAUAGCACCAACGAUCCUUACCGACGUCGAUCCCGAAACCAAGGUGAUGCAGGAAGAAAUUUUCGGACCAAUUCUUCCAAUAGUGCCUGUGCGGAAUGCCGAUGAAGCCAUAAAGUUCAUAAACAACCGUGAAAAGCCUCUGGCCUUCUACGUCUUUUCUCAUAACGAGAAGCUCAUCAGACGGAUGAUUGACAGCACGUCCAGCGGUGGCGUCACGGCCAACGACGUUAUCAUGCACUUCACGCUCACUUCUUUACCCUUUGGAGGAGUGGGUUCCAGUGGGAUGGGCGCUUACCACGGCAAACAUAGUUUUGAUACUUUCUCGCAUCAACGUCCCUGCUUACUGAAAACUUUAAAGAGGGAAGGUGCUAACAAGCUCAGGUACCCUCCCAACAGCCAGUCAAAGGUGGAUUGGGCCAAAUUUUUCCUCCUGAAACGCUUCAACAAAGGAAAGCUCGGUCUCCUGUUACUUGCUUUCCUGGGCAUCGUGGCGGCUGUGCUUGUCAAGAAAUACCAAGCUGUGCUGAGGAGAAAGGCCCUGUUGAUAUUUCUGGCAGUUCAGACUCUGUCGUCCAGUAAGCAGUGAUGAGAGCCGCAGAACUCAGGACCCAGCUCUGUCUGUUAAGAGUGAGGCGGGAUACUACUGAAGAAAGAUCCUGUUCAACCUCCUAGUUGCCUGUACUGAAUUAUGCCUCUCUUAAACAGUUAACGAACCAUUUUAAAAUCCUGCCAAAAAUAGGAAGGAAAUAUGCAAAUGCACCCUAAUCAAGCCUGCAAGUCAUUGCCACUCACCAUUAAUAAAACUUCCCGUUUCAUCUGACACCCCCCCCCCAGCCUUCCCCCACUGUGGGGGUACACUCAGAGAA